AUGGUCUUGAAACUCACGGGCCGGAGCCCCUGGAGGUACCUCGUGCCCAGACGCCGACAUCGGAGCGCGCUCCCGCCCUCGGCCCUGAGAGAAGCCCUCCGGAGUUCGGCGGAGUCCGCGCGCCCCAGGGAGUCCUCCUCGUCCGCGUCGCGGCCGGGGUGCCUCAGGGACGAGCUCUUCUGCAAGGUGUCCGAUCCCGUCCGAGACGGCAGAGGGAAGGUGACCGUGGUGGGAGCGGGCCAGGUGGGGGCGGCCUGCGUCAGCUCGAUCCUCCUCCAGAACAUCGCGAGCCACGUGGCGAUGGUCGACGCGUUCCCGAAGAAGCUGGAAGGCGAGGGGAUGGACUGCUCCCACGCGGCGAUGCUGCUGCGGGACCCGCGCAUAGAGUACGACACCGAUUUCUGCGUCUCGAGCAACUCCAGGGUCGUGAUCGUAGCCUCGGGUGCCCGUCAGAAGAGGGGCCAAUCCCGAAUGGAUCUGGUCCGCCUGAACGUGGACAUCGUCAAGAACAUCGUCCCCCCGCUGGUGGAGUACAGCCCCAACGCGGUCUUCGUAAUCGUCUCCAACCCCGUGGACAUCCUCUCAUGGGUCACCUGGAAGGUGAGCGGGCUUCCGGUGAACAGGGUCAUCGGGAGCGGGACCCACCUGGACACGGCCAGGUUUCGGUUCCUGAUCGCGGAGAGACUCUGCGUGGCGCCCAGCGCCGUGCACGGCUACGUCAUCGGCGAACACGGCGACUCCCAGGUCCCGGUCUGGUCGGGGGUGAACGUCGCCGGGAUCCAGUUCCGGGACAUAUUGCCGAACAUCGGCCUGGAGACCGACGAGGAGAAGUGGAACGAGAUCCACAAGGACGUGAUCAGAGCAGGGGCCACCGUCAGGUGCCUGAAGGGGUCCUCCAGCUUCGCGGUGUCCGUAUGCGUGGCCGACAUCACCAGGGCGAUCCUGCGCGACAGCCAGGCCGUCAAGACGGUCUCCACCAUGAUCCAGGGCCAUCACGACGUCUGCCACGAGACGUUCCUCUCCCUACCCUGCGUCAUCGGCGAAAACGGCGUAACCAAGGUGAUCCGCAUGCGCAUCACCGAGCACGAGAAGAAGCUGUUCCAAACGUCGGCGGACGCCGUCUUUAACGUGCAGAAGGGCGUCAAGACGAAGUCAUGA